UUCAAAACAAGGAGAAUAAAAGAAGUAUGAAAACCUUCAAAAAGGAAAAAGAAGGAAAUAUUAUAAAGGAGCGUGGGAUCACGACAUAUUUUCCGGAAAGAUGACAAAGAACGGCACGUCGUAGGUCAGGUGGCGUCGGUUGCCUUGCCUCCGAAAUAAAAAAAAAUUCCCCUAUUUACCCCCCUUUCCCUCCCCCCUUUCUCUUCAUUCCAUUCCCCUUUUUCCCCUUUCCCUUUCCCUCUCUGAGAAGGAAUUAAUACUGAGUGUACAAGAUGCGGACACUUUGCCCGAAUCUCGACCGGGAAGACGGGCUGGAGACGGUGCUGGAAGUCCCCAUACCGGAGGAGAUGUUCCCGGCCGGCAAUAAGGGCUCCGGCCGCCACCCGUGGCAGGCCAUGAUGAAGUCUUGGAUGAAGCCCCAAUCCGCCCCCUCCCCCGUCUUCGGCGGCCGCACCGCCCAGAUUCAGCUCCUUCUCAGCGUCGCCGGCGCCCCUCUCGUCCCCCUCCCCAUUCCCUCCGACCACUCUUGCAACUCCAAAAUCAACGAUCACCCCAUCGAGGCAUCGAUGGCGAAGUACAUUGUGAAGCAGUACAUAGCGGCGGCGGGAGGGGAGGAGGCGAUAAACGGCGUGGAGAGCAUGUACGCAAUGGGGAAGGUGAAGAUGGCGGCGUCGGAGUUCACGCCGGGGAGCGGGGAGGGCGGCGGGGAAGGGAGGACGGCGGCGAAGAUGAAGAUCUUGAGAGGCGGCGGAGGGGAAAUGGGAGGCAUGUACGCAAUGGGGAAGGUGAAGAUGGCGGCGUCGGAGUUCACGCCGGGGAGCGGGGAGGGCGGCGGGGAAGGGAGGACGGCGGCGAAGAUGAAGAUCUUGAGAGGCGGCGGAGGGGAAAUGGGAGGGUUUGUACUGUGGCAGAGGCGGCCGGGGCGGUGGAGCCUGGAGCUGGUGGUUUCCGGGUGCAAGAUUAGCGCGGGGUGCGACGGGAAGGUGGCGUGGCGCCAAACUCCAUGGCAGAACUCUCAUGCUUCUCGUGGGCCCCCUCGCCCCCUUCGUCGCUCUUUACAGGGGCUUGACCCAAGAUCAACAGCGAAUCUAUUCUCAGACGCCAUCUGCACGGGGGAGAAGACGGUGAACGGGGAAGACUGCUUCGUGUUAAAGCUAGAAGCCGAAGCCCGGAGCUUAAAAGCUAGAAGCUCCAGCAAUGUGGAAAUGAUAAAGCACACACUGUGGGGGUACUUUAGUCAAAGAACAGCCAUGUUAGUGCAGCUAGAAGACACCCACCUGCUCAAGAUCAAGUCCUCCGAGAACGACUAUGUGUACUGGGAGACGACAAUGGAGUCGUCGGUCCAAGAUUACCGCACGGUCAACGGGGUUAACAUCGCUCAUGCAGGUAGGACGUCCAUUUCCCUCUUCAGGUUCGGGGAAAAUGAGGAGGCGAGCACCCGAACCCGAAUGGAGGAGGUUUGGAGCAUCGAGGAAGUGGACUUUAACAUUAAGGGCCUUUCGAACGACUGUUUCUUGCCCCCGAGUGACUUGAAGGACGAACGCCAUGCGGGCUCCACGAAGAAAGACAUGACGGUGGAAAGUUGGAUCGGGGUGAAACUCAGAUUGAGUAACAACGGUAGUAAAGCGAACUCGGGGAAAGGGGUGAGGAUUGUGGCCAUUGAUGAAUAUGAUGUGGAGGAUUGAAGAGGUGAGGGCUAGUAAAUAUAUACAUAUAUAUAAGUAACACAUAAAAAGCUAAGUUUAUGUCAUUUUGGAUUCUUGAUAUAAUAUGCUCUGGUCAUUUUUGUAUAUAAAGACCAUGGAGAGAGUAUGUCAUGAUUUUACAUAUAUUUGAACACUUAAUUAGUGACAUAUAUCAUAGGGAAUAUUAAUUGAUUAGAUGUGUAUUGUGAUGGUGUUAAACUAUCACAAAAGUUCUUACUUGUUUUCAACAAACUAGUAUUAAUAUU